AUGUCUGCCCCUCGUUUACUCCAACGGUCGACGCUACAUAUGAACCGCCCAGCCGUUCUCCUAAUCUCACGUACUGCCACGCCCUCCGUCUCCCGCCACAGACUCUUCUCACGAUGCCGCUCUCGCCUGCAACGGAAUUCCGAACAAGAUAUACAAGAGCGGCUGCAGGCUGCGCGACCGCUCGUGCCUCAUACAGCCGCGCGCAGGUUCACACAAGCGGGCAGUAGCCGCAACUCGCGUCUCACCGUGAUAGCGACCGUCGUUGCUGCCAUUGGCUUCUAUUUCUACAACUCUCAGACGGUGCCCGUAACAGGUAGACGACGGUUCAACUUUCUUUCCGAUUCUAUGGUCGCACGCGCCCAUUCAAAGGCGGCAUCACAGAUCAUAGAGCAGGUUAGGGCGCAGGGUGGUCACUUCUUAUCGGAAUGGGAUCCGAGGACGAUAUUGGUCAGGAGGGUUAUGAAGCGGCUUAUUCCCGUGAGCGGCAUGACGGACCUCAACUGGGAGAUCUUCGUGAUAGCUGAUAGCCGUACAGCAAAUGCCUUUGUUCUUCCAGGAGGAAAGGUGUUUGUGCAUAGCGGUAUCCUCAACGUAUGCCGUAGCGAAGACGCCCUUGCUGCAGUGUUGGGACACGAAAUCGCACAUAACACAGCUUCACACGCCUCGGAGCGCCUUUCCGCUGCAUGGGUAGGCAACCUGACAGCAGGAAGCUUGUUCUUCCUAGCUGGAGCAUUACCCGGUCUCGCACUCUUCGGGCUCUGGAACGUCGUGGGAGGAUAUUAUCUUCAAGACCUGCUCUUCUAUCUCCCCAUGGGCCGCAAGCAAGAAAGCGAAGCCGACUACAUCGGCCUCAUGAUGAUGGCCGAAGCAUGCUACGACCCACGAGCAGCGCUGGAUUUUUGGCAACGCAUGGACGCUCUCCAGCACGCCAGCGGACAAGAAGCCCCGGAGAUGCUGAGCACCCAUCCCUCGAACGAGAAUCGUAUUACGAAAAUUAGCGAGUGGAUGCCACAGGCUAUGGAGAAGCAGUCCGAGAGCGACUGCAAAGGAACAGCAGCAUUUGCGGACCGGUUCCGAGAAGCGAUCCGAAGAAGAGCUACACACGUUGUUGUAUGA